AUGAUCGAUCAACUCCUAGACCGUCGGCUCAGCACAUCGCUCUCCCACACCCCCAGACUCUCCAGGUCCACCCAACAUCCCCGGAUCGCCUACGACCACGCUAACCAGACACACACGGGCGCCUUGACCCCACCCCAUCCUAGACAACCGGCCCUCUUCCCACCCUACUCCGACUCUUGGGCCCGCCCAGCGUGUCGCGCAGGCGCGUGGGGGCGUGGCAGGGAGGCUCCAGCUCCGCCCCCCAGCCCGGCCUACGCGACUGGAGGAAGUUUUACCUCAGUCGCAGACUGCGCCCGGCUGGCAGCUGGCAGGGAGCGGAGUGACAGGAUGAGUGCCGGCUCGGACCCCGUGGUCAUCGUCUCUGCGGCGCGGACCGCCAUAGGUGAGCGUCCCGACCCAUCGGCCCCCGACCCUUCGCCCGGGCAGCUGCGCCGAGAACCGGGCUCGCGUGACGGGGAGGGGGGCGGCGGGUCAGCGGGCCGCGGACUCCGCGGACCUGUGCCUCGCGCCUCGCCCGUGGCCCCGCCCCUCGCGCUGCGAUUGGCUCCUUGCCGUAGAGCCACCGCUCUGCCGGGAUCACCUAUUGGCUGCCUGUGGGACGCGCUCUCUCUCGUGAUCCGUGAUUGGCUCGCUCUGCCAAGCACCAUCGGUCACGCCGUGGUGGUGGGGCCCGGGAGCCAGGGGUCUGAGCAGGGGUUCCGGGCAGGCCUUGGCAUUGUCCCCGAGGUCCCCAUCGCCUGUGCCCGCCCGGCGCUAGCCGUCUUUGCACGGAAAGCAUGUUGUGGGCAGAAUCCCACUCGACAAGCCAGUGUGGGUGCAGGAAUCCCCUACUCGGUUCCAGCAUGGAGCUGCCAGAUGAUCUGUGGCUCAGGCCUGAAAGCCGUGUGCCUUGCAGCCCAGUCCAUAGCCAUAGGUGACUCCAGCAUUGUGGUUGCAGGAGGCAUGGAGAACAUGAGCAAGGCCCCUCACUUGGCUCACCUGAGGGCAGGAGUCAAGAUGGGUGAGAUGUCGCUGGCUGACAGCAUCCUCUGUGAUGGCCUUACAGAUGCGUUUCACAACUAUCACAUGGGCAUCACAGCUGAAAAUGUAGCCAAAAAAUGGCAAGUGAGCAGAGAAGCCCAGGACAAGGUUGCAGUUCUGUCCCAGAACAGGGCGGAGCAUGCACAGAAAGCUGGCCACUUUGACAAGGAAAUUGUGCCAGUGUUGGUGUCUUCCAGGAAAGGUUCUACCGAAGUGAAAAUUGAUGAGUUUCCUCGCCAUGGGAGUAACAUGGAAGCCAUGGGCAAGCUGAAACCUUGCUUCCUUUCUGAUGGGACGGGAACAGUCACAUCUGCCAAUGCAACAGGGAUGAAUGACGGUGCCGCGGCUGUGGUUCUUAUGAAGAAGACAGAAGCCGAGAGUCGAAGGCUGAGACCUUUAGCAAGAAUAGUUUCCUGGUCACAAGCUGGCGUGGAGCCUUGCGUUAUGGGAGUAGGACCAAUUCCAGCCAUAAAGCAAGCUGUUGCAAAAGCAGGCUGGACCCUGGAAGAUGUUGAUGUGUUUGAAAUCAACGAAGCCUAUGCAGCUCUUUCUGUUGCAAUAGCUAAAGAACUUGGAUUAAACCCAGAGAAGGUCAACAUCGAUGGAGGAGCCAUCGCCUUGGGCCAUCCUCUGGGAGCAUCCGGCUGUAGGAUUCUAGUGACCUUGUUACACAGCCUUGAGAGAAUGGGCGGGACUCGUGGUGUGGCAGCCCUGUGCAUUGGGGGUGGGAUGGGGAUAGCAAUGUGUGUUCAGAGAGGUUGACCUGCCUGACAGCCACCACCCCUGAACACUUCUUGCUAAAUCAGUGAAACACUAUAGUAUGUGAAAUCAGAGGACCAAAGUGAGGACAGGAAGCCGGGUGGUCAGCUUGCUGUACUUUAAUGAGACACCCAAGGCUAAGACAUUGCGUCUGACACUGCUAUAAAUAAAGGGGAAAUCCAAUCAAUCAGCCA